CAACUCAGGUGCGACCUCCUCCAGGAAGCUUUCCGGACUCCCCCAGGCCCCGGUGGGUUCCUCCUCAUGCGGGAGCGCCCAGUGCGCCCCUGCCACCAGGUGGACUCGUACGACGUGACGGUGGAUGAGGAACUGGGUGAGAUCCAGCUCAUCAAAAUCGAGAAGCGCAAGUACUGGCUGCACGACGACUGGUACCUGAAGUACAUCACGCUGAAGACGCCCCACGGGGAUUACAUCGAGUUCCCCUGCUACCGCUGGAUCGCCGGCGAGGGCGAGAUCAUCCUCAGGGAUGGCUGCGCGAAGUUGGCCCGAGAUGACCACAUUCACAUUCUCAAGCAGCACAGACGUAAAGAACUGGAGACACGGCAGAAACAGUACCGAUGGAUGGAGUGGAACCCUGGCUUCCCCUUGAGUAUUGAUGCCAAGUGCCACAAGGAUUUACCCCGCGACAUCCAGUUUGAUAGUGAGAAGGGAGUGGACUUCGUUCUGAACUACUCCAAAGCGAUGGAGAACCUGUUCAUCAACCGCUUCAUGCACAUGUUCCAGUCUUCCUGGAGCGACUUCGCCGACUUUGAGAAAAUCUUCGUCAAAAUCAGCAACACCAUCUCCGAGCGGGUCAUGAAUCACUGGCAAGAAGACCUCAUGUUCGGCUACCAGUUCCUGAACGGCUGCAACCCUGUGCUGAUCCGGCGCUGCACCCAGCUGCCCGCGAAGCUCCCGGUGACCACAGAGAUGGUGGAGUGCAGCCUGGAGCGGCAGCUCAGCUUGGAGCAAGAGGUCCAGCAAGGGAACAUCUUCAUCGUGGACUUCGAGCUGCUGGACGGCAUCGAUGCCAACAAGACAGACCCCUGCACGCUCCAGUUCCUGGCCGCGCCCAUCUGCCUGCUCUACAAGAACCUGGCCAACAAGAUAGUGCCCAUCGCCAUCCAGCUCAACCAAACCCCAGGAGAUGAGAACCCCAUCUUUCUCCCUUCGGAUGCAAAAUACGACUGGCUCUUGGCCAAGAUCUGGGUGCGUUCCAGCGACUUCCACGUCCACCAGACCAUCACCCACCUUCUGCGCACACACCUGGUGUCUGAGGUUUUUGGCAUCGCCAUGUACCGCCAGCUGCCUGCUGUGCACCCCAUCUUCAAGCUGCUGGUGGCUCAUGUGCGCUUCACCAUCGCCAUCAACACCAAGGCCCGCGAGCAGCUCAUCUGUGAGUACGGCCUCUUCGAUAAGGCCAAUGCCACGGGGGGCGGCGGACAUGUGCAGAUGGUGCAGAGGGCCAUGCAGGACCUGACCUACACCUCCCUGUGCUUUCCGGAGGCCAUCAAGGCCCGGGGCAUGGACAGCACCGAGGACAUCCCCUACUACUUCUACCGGGACGACGGGCUCCUGGUGUGGGAGGCCAUCAAGAUGUUCACGGCCGAGGUGAUCAACAUCUACUACGAGAAUGACCAGGUGGUGGAAGAGGACCAGGAGCUGCAGGACUUUGUGAAAGAUGUCUACGUGUACGGCAUGCGGGGCAGGAAGGCCUCAGUACGACUGGUGCUCCUGGAUCCCCAACGCACCCCCAACCAUGCGGGCCCCACCGCCCACGGCCAAGGGUGUGGUGACCAUCGAGCAGAUCGUGGACACACUGCCCGACCGAGGGCGCUCCUGCUGGCACCUGGGUGCAGUGUGGGCACUGAGCCAGUUUCAGGAAAACGAGCUGUUCCUGGGCAUGUACCCAGAGGAGCACUUCAUCGAGAAGCCGGUAAAGGAGGCCAUGGCGCGAUUCCGCAAGAACCUCGAGGCCAUCGUCAGCACGAUCGCCGAGCGCAACAAGAACAAGAAGCUGCCGUACUACUACUUGUCCCCCGACCGCAUUCCCAACAGCGUGGCCAUCUGAGCAGGCCUGCCCUUCUCACGCCGGCCAGCUGCUCGGCCAGCCAGGCUCGGCGGGCUCCUGGCUCCUCGCUGGGCCUCCUGGCGGCCCGCUUCUUGCCCUCUGACCGAGGCCAGCAGUUACACGCGCUGACUCCAGGCGGCUGGUUCAAACCAAAGGCCACUCCCAGUCGGCCCAUAUUCGCAAAGCUUUGGUGUUUUCCUGUUUCUUCCUCCAUCUUUAGGGAAUCCCUAACUUUGCUCGAAGCAUGUAAACAGGGCAGGGAUCCCUCCCACACAGGGCGGGACUGCAUCGCCCUGCCUUCCCCUAGCUCCUCAGCUGCACCCAGCAGCAACCGCAGGCCAGGGCCACCGAUCGAGGGCUGUCCCUGUGGGAGACGUGGAUGUCCAUGCUCUGUUUUCUCUAGAAGUGGUCCGAUUCCUCACGCAUAGGCAGUGCCCAGGUAAAACCCUGCUGAAGGAGUUAAGAAUUGAUUGUCAUAAAAAUAAAGUUCAUGUGAAACAGGU